AGUAAACAAAUAAACGAUCUGAGGCAACGUUAGAUAUCACUUCAACGCGUUUUGCUCUCAGGGAAAGAAAUGACACUAACUGAGGCAUCGAGAACAAGUAGUGGGGAAACCUCUACUGAGCGUAGAUCAAGGUGGUUGUCACCAAGAGAGUGGUUUAGAUGGGUUCCCACAUCUCCAGAACUCUUAGAAAAGGUGGAAGAAAAGAUUUUAACUUGUUGUAAAAAUAUAUCAGAACAGAAAUUUGUGAGUGGUAAAGUAAAUAAGUUAUGGACCAUUGUUGUAAACAAAGAGAAAGAAAAAGAAAAGACACCAAUAGUGAUGGUACAUGGUUUUGGUGGAGGUGUUGGAUUGUGGAUACAUAAUUUAGACAGUUUAUCUGAAAAACGAACAGUUUACGCUUUUGAUCUGCUAGGUUUCGGACGAAGUUCACGUCCAGUUUUUAGUCAUGAUCCUGAACUAGCAGAGAAUGAAUUUAUUGAUGCAAUUGAGGAGUGGAGAAAAUCAUUAAAUUUAGAAAAAUUUAUUUUAAUUGGACAUAGUUUAGGUGCCUUCUUAGCCAGUUCUUAUACAAUAAAAUACCCAAAGAGUGUUCAACAUCUGAUAUUGGCUGAUGCUUGGGGAUUCCCAGAGAAAGCUCCUGCAAGUCAACAACAAGGGCGUUUACCCAGCUGGAUACGUUUAUUAGUAAAAGUUUUGACACCAUUUAAUCCACUAGCUGGUUUGAGAGCUGCUGGACCAUGGGGGCCAGGUCUUGUAAAAAGAUUUAGACCAGAUUUACAAGACACAUUUUCAGAGGUUUUUGAUGAUGAUACAAUAUUCACUUACAUCUACCAUUGUAAUGCCCAGACACCAAGUGGUGAAUGUGCCUUUAAAAACAUGACAAUUCCAUUUGGUUGGGCAAAAUACCCCAUGAUAAACAGAAUAUCAGAAUUACCCAGUCAUUUACCUAUGACCAUGAUCUAUGGUUCAAGGUCAUGGAUAGACAGAAGUAUAGGUCAUAGAGUUAAAUAUAUCCGCAAUGACAGCUUUGUUGAUGUUCAGAUAGUAGUAGGAGCUGGUCAUCAUGUGUAUGCUGAUAAACCUGAAAUAUUUAAUAAUAUAGUUAAUAGAAUAUGUGAUAAAAUUGACAGUGAGGCAGAAGAUAAACUUAGACAAAAUUCCAGUGUGGCAGAAAAUCUUAGUUCAGCACAAAAUGAUAGUACAGAGGAAAAUGAUAAUCAAGCACAAGACACUGAGGAUAAAGACUACAUGGCACAGCUGUAAAAUUUUAAAGGAAAUGUAAAGAGGUUUUCUUAACUUUUAAAUGUAUCAGGGAUACUGAUAGCAUCGAUUUACACCAUUCCAAUUUCCUGUCAGACUUCUGUGGUUCUUGCCAUUCCAUUAUAACUAAGCGUUUUAUGCUGUACAUAUCCCAAAGACUCUGAUAUAUUCAGCGGCGAUAAUGAAGUCAUAUGUGGUUAAGCAUUUCUAUGAUUACAGGAACCACAAACAUCUGAUGGCAAAACAGAAUGAUGCAAAUAGAUGGCUGCGAUGUACAUAGCUAGAAAACUUCUUAACACCCAUUCCUUUUUAUCUUUUUAUUUAUUGCUCAUGAAAUGCAAGAUUUUAAAACGUCAUUUUUAUUCCUGUGUUAUUUAGGAGUAGCCAAUAGGGUAAAUUAUUUUAUAUUUUCAUAUAGUUCUAUCAAACAUAGUUAAAGAAAAUUUGAUUUUAAAAUUUGGAUAUGAGUGGUUUUUUUUUUUGAAAGUGAAAACUUAUUUGAACAAUAUUUCUGAGUUCCAACCCUUUUUGAAUCUGUUUGUUAAGAAUUUAUUUUCAUUCUGAAUUUAUAGGAAUAGAAUUUAAGAAUUUUGUAC